CUGUGGUCCAUCAGUCGCACUGUCACCUGCAAAGAAAACACGAACAAUAUGAAGACCCUUAUUGUACUUGCCCUGCUGAUAGCUGCCGCGUCGGCGCUGCCACAAUUCGGAUUUGGUCGUCCUGGAUUUGGUGGCCCAGGAUUUGGCGGUGGAUAUGGUGGAUUUGGCGGUGGAUAUGGUGGAUUUGGUGGCCGCCCUGGAUUUGGUGGCGGAUUCGGUCCCGGCUAUGGUGGAUUUGGAGGCCGCCCUGGAUUUGGUGGUCCUGGCUUUGGUGGAAUAGGCGGUGGCCCUGGAUUUGGCGGUGGCCCCGGAUUCGGACGUGGCGGCGGUGGUGGCGGCUCAGCCUCUUCGUCAGCAUCCGCCAGCUCUUCUGCCUCAGGUGGUGGUGGUGCCUCUUCGGCAUCUGCCUCUGCAUCUUCUUCUGCCGGAGGCGGUGGCUUCUUUGAAACAAUAUAUCAAUCUAGCAUUCGGAGCAAUAUGAAGAUCUUCAUCGUGCUGGCCCUGUUCAUUGCUGCCGCGGCGGCGCUGCCUCAAUUUGGAUUUGGAGGCCGACCUGGAUUUGGUGGCCCAGCAUUUGGUGGUCGACCUGGAUUUGGCGGCCCUGGAUUUGGCGGUCCUGGAUUUGGCGGCCCUGGAUUUGGCGGUAGACCAGGAUUUGGUGGCGGCCCUGGAUUUGGCAGUAGACCUGGAUUUGGUGGCCCUGGAUUUGGUGGCCCUGGAUUUAAUCGUGGUGGUGGCGGCGGCUCAGCCUCUUCGUCAGCCUCGGCUAGCUCUUCUGCCUCAGGUGGUGGUCGUGGUGGUGGUGCCUCUUCGGCGUCUGCCUCCGCAUCUUCUUCUGCCGGAGGCGGUGGCUUCCGUGGCUGAAGCUAUUUCGUCUGUGCCGCGUGCACCGACACAAAAUAUUCACUUAGUUGAUAAUAAAAUAUGUUAAAUAAAAUAGUAAAAUUAA